CUACCCUUCACCCGAUCGCCAUCUUCACCGGAUCGAAAAUCAAUCGCCAUCUUCACAUCGCGCUUACGAUCGCCAUCUCCAAGACAGGACGGUAUGCUUCUCUCCUCCUCUUUCGUUUUGUUUGUUUGUUUGUUUGGGAUCUGCUUAAAUUUCUGUUUUAUAAAGCAGCAUAAUUUUUAUUUAUCAGAUGAAUUGAGAUUCUUUACGUAGUUAAUCCGGCUGCUUUGAAAGAGAUUAUGAAAUAACCGAAGUGUUUGUUGCUCUUGAUGUUCUUGGAUGAUGAAUACCCAGCUGUGGAUUGUGAAUAGGCUUUGGUUAUGAUUAUUAUAGUCAUCCCUCAGAGUUGGAGUUUGUUCUAAUAUGUCUAAUAUGUCAAUACCCAGCUGGUGUUUGUUCUAAUAUGUCAAAACUACUAGAUAGAGUUGCAGAAGAUGGUUGGGUUUCUGCCUAAGAGUUGAGAGAAGAAGCUGACGCCGCUGGUUCGGAGAAGAAUCACCAAGUAAUGGCCGACAAAGUGAGAAGACAUCUCGCCAAAUAAUCAACCUGUAGGUCAAGUGACAUCUCAACUUGAAAAUCUCAAAGGGACUUUAUUGCACCGUGAAUUGCUGCAGCUUGUUAUUUCUGCAAUGGCCUCCCUUAUGAACAUGGAGAUGGAGGAUGAUGAUUAUGUUGAGUAUAUUCCCGUGUCGAAGCGAAGGGCACUUGAGGCACACAAGAUUCUCCAGCGCAAGGGGAAAUCUUCAGGGCUGGAAGAGGAAACUGAAAAGACGAAACAAGUUGAAGCAAAACCAAGUUUGCUUGUAAAGGCUACUCAACUGAAGAAGGAAAUGCCAGAAGUCAGUGUGACUGAGCAAAUGGUUCAGCAAGAGAAAGAAAUGAUUGAGCAUCUCUCUGAUAGAAAGACUUUGAUGUCAGUGCGUGAACUUGCUAAAGGGAUUACAUAUACAGAUCCUAUGUUCACUGGCUGGAAGCCACCAUUAGACAUCAGAAAGAUGUCAAAAAAAGCCCGUGAGACCAUUCGUAAACAGUGGCAUAUUAUUGUGGAGGGAGAUGACAUCCCUCCACCCAUUAAAAAUUUUAAGGAUAUGAGGUUUCCUGAACCGAUUCUGGACAAGCUUAAAGCUAAGGGCAUUAUUCAACCAACUCCAAUCCAGGUACAAGGAUUGCCUGUUAUCUUGUGUGGAAGAGAUAUGAUUGGAAUUGCAUUUACAGGAUCUGGGAAGACGCUGGUUUUUGUUUUACCACUUAUCAUGGCAGCCUUACAGGAGGAGAUAAUGAUGCCUAUUGUGCCGGGAGAAGGGCCUUUUGGAUUAAUCAUUUGCCCUUCAAGAGAGCUAGCUCGACAAACAUAUGAAGUCAUAGAACAGUUUCUAGAGCCUCUAAGGGAGGUUGGGUACCCUGAGGUAAGACCUCUAUUAUGCAUUGGAGGAGUUGACAUGAAGUCCCAGCUAGAUGUAGUAAGGAAAGGAGUUCAUAUUGUGGUUGCCACACCUGGAAGGCUCAAAGACAUGCUUGCUAAAAAGAAAAUGAACCUUGACAAUUGCAGAUACUUAACAUUAGACGAAGCAGACAGAUUAGUAGACCUUGGCUUUGAAGAUGACAUCAGGGAAGUUUUUGAUCAUUUUAAAGCACAAAGGCAAACUCUACUUUUUUCUGCCACAAUGCCCACAAAGAUCCAAAACUUUGCAAGAAGUGCAUUGGUUAAACCCGUAACUGUGAAUGUUGGAAGAGCCGGGGCAGCUAACUUAGAUGUCAUCCAAGAAGUAGAAUAUGUAAAGCAGGAGGCAAAGCUGGUAUACCUUCUUCAUUGUUUGCAGAAAACACCACCUCCGGUUUUAAUCUUUUGUGAGAACAAAGCUGACGUGGAUGACAUACAUGAGUAUCUGCUUUUGAAAGGUGUGGAAGCUGUUUCUAUUCAUGGUGGGAAGGACCAAGAAGAGAGGGAGUAUGCCAUUUCGUCAUUCAAAUCUGGGAAGAAGGAUGUAUUGGUUGCAACUGAUGUGGCGUCCAAAGGGUUGGAUUUUCCUGACAUCCAGCAUGUGAUAAACUAUGAUAUGCCUGCUGAAAUUGAGAACUAUGUUCAUAGGAUUGGGCGUACAGGCAGGUGUGGCAAAACAGGAAUCGCCACGACAUUCAUCAACAAAACUCAGAGCCCAACAACCCUUCUUGAUCUCAAACACCUGCUGCAAGAAGCUAAGCAAAGGAUUCCUCCCGUUCUUGCUGAACUUGAAACUCCCGGGGAAGUUGAUGAUCCGGACAGGUCUGUAAGUGGGAUCAAAGGCUGUGCCAACUGCGGUGGUCUUGGUCAUCGUAUUCACGAUUGCCCCAAACUUGAACAUCAAAAAAGCCAGCAAAUCGCCAAUCAAAGGAGGGAUUACUUUGGCUCUGGCGGAUAUCGAGGAGAAAUUUGAAUGUUUUUUCUUCUUUUUUAUUUGUUCUUGUAUUUUAAUUACAAUUUUUAUGCUAAUCUACCUGCAAAAUAACUGGUUCUCAGUUUCUUCUGAUGUCCUAAUUUUUUUGAGUGUUCAGAAGUCCUAAUUGUUUGCUAUGUAAGCCUUUAUUGUUGCUCUAUAUCCCUGCAUUUCAUUACCAUUUUAGAACACUAAUCAAGUCCACAUCAUGCU